GUUUUUGUUAUGCUGCCACGGUGGACUGGAGGAAUAAAACACGGAAGUAAUACUGUUUUUAGCUUUCACUGAAGCGAAGCUAGCGCGAUUAUGAAGAUUGUAUGAACAAGUCUGCGUUUUUAUAUCAUAAUGGAUCACUAUCGCCAUUCCCAUGCAUCUCGAAAUUCAGGCUCCAGUGAUCGACAUCACCACAGGAAAAGAGAACAUGAAGGACUCCCUGAAAGAAGUCAUCACCAAAAUAAACACUUUCAACCAAACAGACAUCAUCAGCAAUUUUCUGAAUCUGGCCCAAGUCACAAAAGUUAUGCAUCCAGUCUUCAGACACUGAGCACCAAAAAGGAGUUAUAUGAGAAAGACUUUCCGCUUUAUAAGCAGCCCAUAGAGGUUGGGUGCUUUUCUUUGGACUCGGAACGAAGGUUUUUUAAUGACAAAAGACAACUGAGGUUUUACUCAGACCCAGGCUUAAACCCCUGCUUUGAUCUCAGAGAUGGAUUCAAGGACCGCUAUAUAAAGAGAGAUGAAAAUGUGAAAGAGAAGUUGGACCAUAUACUAAGGUGGAUCAUUUCAAACAAAGCCAAAGUCACAUCUAAGGACAUAUCAAAACAUGCUCUGGAUGCAGAUUUCGUGACUUGGCGUGGUCAUCUAACCAAACUGCUCACUACACCGUAUGAGACCCGGGAAGGCUGGAUGUUCGCUGUGAGCAAGUUCAGGGGUACAGUUUACAUCAGUGAAGUGGAGACAGAGGCAGCUCGCAGGGACCGAGAGAAUCGCACUGAGAGGCACAGUGAAAUGAUGUACUGGGGCUACAAGUUUGAGCAAUACAUGUGUGCAGAUGACAUCAGCAGUUCCCCUGACCCCAGUGGAAUGGUUAACACUAAUGAAGCGUUUUGUACAGUGGUGCAGACUCGGCUUGCAGAUCACAGACUUCUGUUCUCUGGUGAGGUGGACUGUAGAGUUAAAGACCUCAAAGCUCCAGAUCCACCUGCCUGCUACGUUGAGCUCAAAACUUCAGCUGAAAUCUGCACUCCUAAACAGCGCAGCAACUUCCACAGGUUCAAGUUGUUAAAGUGGUGGGCGCAGUCUUUUCUGCCCGGAGUGCCCCAAGUUAUAACAGGGUUUCGGGAUCAUGAUGGGGUCAUCGUGAAAGUGGAACCUUUCCAGAUUUCCAAAAUUUCACAAAUGAUUAAGGGUGAAUAUAACUGCUGGAAGCCUACAGUCUGUAUGAACUUCUGCAAUGACUUUCUGACAUUUGUCAAACAGGUGGUCUGUGAGGACAAUCCAAGUGUUGUUUACUUGUUCUCUUGGGAACCAUAUAGAGAUGUUGCCUACACUAUUCACAGAGACUCUCAGUAUUGCUUCCUGCCAGAGUGGUAUAUAGAGGAGAUCAAAAGAACACAAGCAUAGUCUACCACCAUUUGUCCAUUUGUGCUCCUUGGAACUGUGAAACCUUGACUGUUUUCCAAGUCUGAUUUAUAUUUACAACAUUUUAUUCCUUUAAAUAAAACACAAAACAUAUUCUGUUAAUUCACAAUUUAUUUAUAACAACUGGUUAAAGCUCAUGGUUCUAAAAAGGCAGUGGCCCUCUUUGAAGAUGUCCUAAAACAUUAACCCCGAAAAUAAUUCAAUGCAGUUUUGAGUCACCAUGGCACCUCACUCUGUGACCCUAACUUAGUCCAGAGCAGGUUUUAUUCCUCUCAUCUAGAUGUGUGCAAAAUUGUGUCUAUGUAUUUUAAUUAGGCUUUGCAAAGGUAUGUGCAUCUUCAUAUUAAAAUUAUUUAACUUGAUUAAACUUGUGCUCUUCUACAUUUCUUUUAAUCAAACCUGACUGAUCUGUCCAAAGCACAGGCCUCCUCUAGUUUACCGUUGCCAUGGUGAAUUUACUUUUCUGGGAUACAAUGAAAGUUUCACAUCUUCUGCUGAACUCAAGUCUCUGACUUUUCUAACUCUGCUCCAGACCAGUUUAGUGAAGCAAAACAAAUCCAGGGUUUAUUGAACCUCCUUUAUGAACCUGAUGCCACUUACAGUAUUUAAAUAAAAUGAGUGAAUGAAUGCUUAUUUGGACAGUAAUGCAUAAAACAAAUGUAGAAAAAUAACAAAUGCAUAUGUAAAAUACUAUGUUUUGUGAUAUGACAAGUGCUCCUAGAGAGGUCGCUAUUAUGCCAUCAAACAUUACCUUUUUGAUGACACAAACUUUGUAAUGUUGAAACACUUGUAAAAAUGUCAUAAACAAUACUUGCACACAAGUUUAUUCUAUUUGGUCCAAUUACUUUUUGUGUGAAUAAAAUUAAAUUUGUACCCAA